CCCGGUGCCCCACCGCUCAGCAUAAUCGAAUCCUCCCACUGCCAGCUUUCUGCCGAAAUUGAGUGGGAAUAUCAAAUUCAAGAUGCUGACACUUAUAAACCGGCUUUUGGACUGGUUUAAGUCCCUCUUUUGGAAAGAGGAGAUGGAGUUAACCCUGGUUGGACUUCAAUACUCGGGGAAAACGACAUUUGUUAAUGUGAUAGCUUCUGGGCAAUUUAGUGAAGACAUGAUCCCAACAGUCGGAUUCAACAUGAGGAAGGUCACAAAAGGCAACGUUACCAUCAAGAUCUGGGAUAUAGGAGGGCAGCCGAGGUUCAGGAGCAUGUGGGAGCGCUACUGUCGGGGAGUUAACGCAAUUGUAUAUAUGGUGGACGCAGCAGACCAUGAGAAGGUGGAAGCUUCCAGAAAUGAGCUACACAAUUUGUUAGACAAGCCUCAGUUGCAAGGAAUUCCUGUUUUGGUGCUUGGCAACAAAAGAGAUCUCCCCAGUGCUCUAGACGAGAAGCAGCUCAUUGAAAAACUGAACUUGGCAGCUAUUCAAGACAGAGAGAUUUGCUGCUACUCUGUUUCCUGCAAAGAGAAAGACAACAUGGAUAUCACACUGCAGUGGCUCAUCCAACACUCAAAAUCUCAGAGAAACUGAAUGUACCGGAACUGCACCCUCCCAGCUCCAUCUGCCAUAUUACCCUCAUGCCACACCAUGCUCACGCUGAUGUGUAGUUGUCCCUCCCAACUCAGUUGCUGCACUGUGCUGCUUGUGCCUCCCCCCUGUUGUUGUUGUUAUCCCCCCACAACCCCUUGCACUACUAAAAGAUGGUACCCCCUGGUCUAUAUCAUAUUCCAAGGCCCAUGAGUCACAGAAUCGCCGUUGCACCUCCUCCAAGAGGGGCUACUUCAGUGUCCUGAACAGAGCGAUUCAGUCUGCCUUCUGCGUCCUCCAGGCGGCACGGCAGACGUUUCCCAGGUCUGUAAGCCCAAUAGCCCAACUCUAUAACACCAGUGCAGGGUAUGCUAUUGUAGUUGUUCAGCCACUCACUGGGGCCUCUAAUCAAGAUACAUGUUCUCCAGACAGUCCUGUAUGAUGCUAGAAGAAAGUACAUAGACCUGUUUAUAUACAUCAUUGGGACUUCCAGGUUCCCCUCCUGUUUGUCAGAUUGUAACUUUUAUGGCUAUUGCCAAAUCCAAAUGUUUUUAUUUUGAGGACAUUUGUAAUAUUUUUGAAAUGAGAGCAAAGGAAUAAGUAAAUAGCUCAGCAGCCAGGUGUGUACACAUAUCAAGCUGGUAAGAUUUUUACUGACAUGAGCGUAUGAUUAUAUUUGAAAAGUUUGAAUGUACUGAAGGUAAAGCUGUAGUGUUGGUUGUGUGGUUUGUUUUGAAUUUGCCUCAGUGGGAUGAUGUCCUCUGCGGUCUAUGAGAGAGAGAGAGAGCGAGAGAAUUCAAAGUGCCUUGUGUAAUACCUCUCAUCCCUGAAGUAAAGCAGCAUGCAAGGUGUGCUUACCUUUGCAAUAAAACAUGAACACCACUGGGAUAUAUUGCAGAAAUAAAAAGGCAUGCUUUUAAUUUAGACAUUGUACUGUUGUGUUUGCACUCAAAUUGCAAUAUUUGCUGUGGUACACUUUUGAAAAUGAUAGAUAUUAAUGGUGUCAAUUUAUUAUUUUGUAAAUAUGUUAAAUCUGGGUUGAUAAGAAGGGUUGAGCUGUGCUUAGAGUAAGUUUGUAAUAAAAAUUAAGGGAAAUGUU